AGCCUAUUUGUGUCUUUUUUGACUAAUAUUCUAUGGUUUUCGAAUAGAAAAACCCUUGUUUGACUUCAGACAAGUAUUAUAUUUGAAAUGACCACAGGAAACUCAGACGUCCUAUGUGAGUUUCGAACCGUUUUGCGAAUUCUUUUUCGGCUGAGUUUUGAUUUCCGGUCCCGCUCAGGAAUAUAAGAGAAAAUGAAUUUCAUCAAAACAACCAUUUAUAUCGCCAGACACAUUCGCUAUAGCUUUUAAAUUGCCAUUUCGAUGUCCUGAACUGCGUUUCCAUUCUUGAAACGGCUUUUUGAUGAAAUUUAUUUUCCAUUAUAUUCCUGAGAGGGAUUAGGGGUCAAAAUUUGACGGAAAAAAAGUGGCAGAAACAACUUGAAACUCACAUCAGAGAUGCCGAAAAUCGCGUUUAGGUGAACUCAUGGGUCACCCGUACUCCAGUUGAUUCCUCUGUGGGUGGAUUCCAACUCAAGUUUUGAUAUUUUUUUCAUCUCAUCGGACCUAUGGUUAGGUUGAGUAGCUUCAACUCUACUCCUGGAGUAACUGAACGGGUAGCCUUGGCCAUUGUGACUUUCAGUUUCCUAUUAUAUCUUGAUACAAAUAAAAACUUAGUUCGCCUACUACUGAACAACAACAAAAUCCUGAACCCGAAAUUUUAUUAUCCACUGAAGAUGAAUUUAUUAUGAUACAACCAUUUUCUGAUUCAUUAAAUAAACAAGAUAAUAAUUUUUCAAUCAAUCAAAAAUUUUUAAAUUUACAAAGUGAACAAUGUACUCCAUCUAUUGAACUUCUUGAAAAUAAUAUUACAUUACCAUCAACUCAAGCAGAUUCAAUCAUGAUUCAUCCAUCAGGACAAUCAAUUCAAUCAUUUAAUUAUAAUUACAAAAAAUUACCUGAUUGGAAUUUAUUGUUGUCCAAUGAUAAUAAUUCAACAACAAUCGAUUCAUUACAUCAACAAUCAACCUCGACUCAUUACAUAUCAAGUAAAUUAGCUCAUGCACGUAAAGAAUUAACUCCUACCGAAAAAAGAAAAAUCCACAACCGAUCAUGCACUUUACGUAAACGUAAAAAAUAUUAUCAUCAUGAAUUGAUAUUUCGAAAUAUUGAUCGUCGUUUUACAAUUAAGCAAAUAAAAAAUGUUCUUCGACAAUAG